CGCGGAAUCCGGAUGUGAUGAAAAGCGUUUCGGUUGAGGUUUUGUGCAGCUAACGCACAGCACAGCCGCCUCACAACCGGGCUGACUGCCCAAUAUUUUUACUUAAAAACAGACAAAAACAAAGCAGGUGAAGUUUUUCCUUCUUCGUUUGUUGUUAGAGAAAGUUUUAACGGGACUAAAUGUAUUUAUUUGGGCGGAGGAUGAGUAACAGGAGGCGGCUGUGAGGUGUAGUGAAGUGAAGUUGACAUGUUUGAAAGGGUAGACGGCUGAUCCAGAAGUGUGUUUGUUUCGGGUGUGUACAGUAUCUCGACAAGAGGUCUGGCUCAUGUCCGCGGAGACGGUGUUACCUCCGGAGGGGCCUGUAGGUCCGGACAAGCAACAGCAUGAGACAAGUCUGCUGCUGGCUGAAUCCCAAGACACAUGCCAAACUGAUGCUAAAGGAUUGCAUGAUACCACAGAGACGAGCACAGUGCCAUCUCCCCAAGACUGCUGUGAUGAUGGGCAGAUGGGCAUGAAUGGGGAGGGCCCCACCCAUGAUGAACCUAUAAGAACCCAACCUCAGCCCAGAGAUGGAGAUGCCACAUGGCUGCACAAUGGCCUACAUCCAGGCAUAAGCAAUGGCCAUAAAACUCCACCAGGAGCCAUACAGCCUGCAGGAUCUUCUGCUUCCUUCUCUGAGAUGAGGAAACCAGCACCUCCUGUCUCUCAGCGUGUGCAGAAAAAACUCCGCUCUAGCCUGUCCGUCAACAGUGACAGCAGCAGGAGGAGCAAAGGCAGUUCCAUGGGCUCCCAAAAACCUGGCUCCUCUCCAGAGGACUGUUGCGUGCACUGCAUCCUAGCCUGCCUGUUCUGCGAGUUCCUCACCCUGUGCAACAUGGUGGUGGCUCAGGCAUCAUGUGGCGCCUGCACAUCAGAGGCUUGCUGCUGUUGCUGCUGUGCAGACGACCUGGGAGACGACUGCAACUGCCCCUGCGACAUGGACUGCGGCAUUAUGGACGCCUGCUGCGAGUCCUCCGACUGUCUCGAGAUCUGCAUGGAGUGCUGUGGCAUCUGCUUUCCCACAUGAAAGCUCCGUUUGCCAGUAGAUAGCACACGGAGACAGAGACAUCCUGUGUGUGGAAGUACAUACGUACCUGUAGGUGUUGUGUUUGAAAGUAUGCAUGUAUGUACACACACUCAAGUGAAAAAAAAUGCAAGCCUGGCCUCCAUCCAGCUGCACAAGCAGAUGCUUUUAUCACUUUUAAAUGGGCUAAAAAUGUUCUGUAUUUGUGUAUGUAAAGGUUAUAACUGUCAGUUAUGCUAUUAUCGCUAAUUACUUUAAGACAUACUUUUUUAGCUCCAUAAUUGUUGCCUUCAAGAGCAUGGGCAAAUCAUAUUUUAUAAAAUGAACAUUACACACAAUGAUUCAAAUUGAAUUGGAGAAACUACUUGUAUUUUCUCUUAAAAACUGACCUAAUUUUUGACAGCACUCAUGAAUAUUUAAAACUAAUGCAAACUUGUCCCUGAAAAAAAAAAUCUUGCUCCAGAAAUAGACCAAGUCAAUUUUUGUGAAUGUGAGGUUGUAAAUUUGUAAACCCCACUUUUUUUUUCAAAAAUCAAGAUUAAGCAAACACGCAACAUCUCACUUAAAGAUUAUCAAUUUUUAACGCAGAAUUAUGCUUUCGGUGCAGAAUCUGAGUGUGAUGGUGAUUACUACACAGAGUCAUGUGUUCUAUCCAGAUGAGUUUAAAAUUGCGUUCAGUUAAAAAAAAAAAAGUGGAGGGGACUGCAUACAAGAAAAAUAUAAAUAAGCACCAUAUGUUUUUAUGAGCAUUGAUGGAUUCAUGAAUCUUACCAAACUCUAGGAUAUUAAAGUCCAAAACCUGGUUGUUGACUUGGCCAUAGAUGGACCUCUCCGUAACAUCAUGGGCCUAAAUAUACCUCCAAAUCAACACAGAACUGGUUGCAGAAACACAAAAUUAUUGUAUCGCAGUGGCCACCUGAGUGUCCAGAUUUGACUGCUGUUGAAAAAUCUUUUGUCUGGAUUGAAGAAGGAAUUCCACAUGUGCAAACCUAGUAAUAUAGCUUGAAAAGUUGUGCAUAGAGGAGUGGUCUAGGAGUCCUCGUUGAUGUUGGGCGUUAGAGGAAAAUGCCAAAUGCUGUAGUUCUCUCAAAAGCUAUUUGUGGCAAUAAUAAUUUAAAAAGCCCCACAAAAACAAAAAAAACCCUACUAUUUAUUGUUAAAUCUGCACAGGAUUCCCAUAUGUGUAGGGUCAAAAUUGCAUUCAUUGCAUGCAUCAUUAAGAAUAUAUUUAUGUUUGCUCAUUUUCAUGAAUCAUGUCAAUAAUUCUGGACAUGCCCAUUUUUUUGACGGGGUCUGUCAUUGGUGUUUUGUGUCUCCCUUAGUUUAAACCAUGGUGGUGUAUUGCUCUAGAUUACAUUAGGGUAGGUUUCAAACUACUAUGCUCUAAAAGAACACUGUAAUUUCCACAGAUUCAUGACUCUUUUACAGCAGAAGUCAAGGCUCUGUGUGUGUUUUAUGGGUAUUUUUUUUUUUUUUUGGAACUUACUCAACAAGCCUGUUUUUUUUUUUUAAAUUCUUUUCAGUGGUCUGUUUGGUAAAGCUUUCUUUCAGCAUUGUCUACUGUAUCUUGAUUCAUUACAGGUCCAUAAUUUUGAGUGCGAUAAGAAGGUGUUAUAAGCAAUAAUGAAUUGCGGAUCAAUUAUGAAAAAGAAUAUCCUACAGAACAGGAUACUCUAUAUCGACAGUCCUUUUGUUUCAGUUUAGCUUAACAGCUUCUAAUCCCAUUCAAAUUCAUUUUUCUCAUUUGGUAACCAGACAUGGUAUUUUCUCACACAGUCUUGGUGUUCGUUACAAUAUAAACUUUAUUUUUAACGUCUGCUCAUGUAAAAGCAUAGUACACUCUUGUCUUAAAUACUGGACAUAUUAUUCAAAAUAAUAUACAUUCCUGAACCAGCAUUUUUGAGGUUCUAUAUGUAGUCGUUAAUCUAGAUUUUAAAUGAUUUAGUUAAUUGUAUGUUGACAAUUACAUUUUGCAUAAUGGCCCUUAUUCAUUAAUGUUGCUUACAGUCAAAUCUGACUGAAAAGAUUCUGGCAGCAGUUUCCUUAUUCAUCGGUUUCAUCUUUGGUGUCACAGUACAAACUGACUCACAUCGGGUCAGAGUAUAUGGAAAAAAUGUGAGCAUUCCACUGUACAAAUGCUUGAUUUGCAGUUAAAUAAUCAAAAUCUACAGUACCAGUCAAAAGUUUGGACACACCUUCUAAUUCAAUGGUUUUUCUUUAUUUAUAUUAAUUAAAGGACACUUUGUGUCUUAAAGUAACGAUGGACUGUCAUUUCUCUUUACUUAGUUGAGCGGUUCUUGACAUAAUAUGGCAAUUUACUGUAUUUUUAUUAUUUACUGUUUGAUAUCAAACUCAUUAGGAAGGCAAGAAGUUGCACUAAUUAACUCUUGACGAGGCACACCUGUUAAUUGAAAAGCAUUCCAGGUGACUACCUCAUGAAUUUGGUUAAGAUAAUGCCAAUAACGUGCAAAGCGUCAUCAAGGUAAACGCUGGAUACUUUGAAUAAUCUGAAAGGUUUUUUUUGGGGGGUUUCCCACGUAAGUCCAUAUAUAUAUAUAUAUAUAUAUAUAUAUAUAUAUAUAUAUAUAUAUAUAUAGUGUAUAUAUAAUGUGUGUGUGUAUAUAUAUAUAUAUAUAUAUAUAUAUAUAUAUAUAUAUAUAUAUAUAUGUAUGUGAGAGAGAGAGAGAGUGAUUCCACGCUUAUGGGUACUGAAAUGGGGACAUGAACUUAUUUUUAAAAAUUCACC